GUUUUAUUCACUUCGCAGCGUAUCUUCCCACUUGAAGUUAUUGUAUAGCCUUGAAAGAUGGCCUACUGCGGGUCUCACCACUUGGCUUUAGGUGGCGGUACUUUAGAACUACGAGGACACGUAGGCUUUGAUGGCCUUCCCGAUCAACUUGUAAAUAAAAGUGUACAGCAAGGCUUUCAAUUCAACCUCCUUAUAGUAGGUGAAACAGGAUGUGGUAAGACUACACUUAUAAAUUCUUUAUUUAAGACUGAAUUUGAGGAGUUGGAGGGAUUAGAGGAAAGGACACACUUUACCCCAGAAACCUGGAUACAAAGCGCUACUUACGAUAUUCAAGAAAAAGAAGUUUGUCUACGCUUAAGGAUUGAUCAAACUGUAGGGUUCGGCGAUGCCAUCGACAGGAGUUCCAGCAUGCAACUAGUUACUGACUACCUCAAUAAAAAAUUUGAGGAGUAUCUGCAAGAAGAAAUUAGCAUCACUCGGCGUAGACGAGCGUUCUCUGAUCCACGUUGCCACGCGUGCAUAUAUAUGAUAACUCCCUGUCACAACAGUUUAAAGUCUUUGGACUUUGCUAUGCUUAAGGCUAUCCACAAAAGCGUCAAUGUUAUACCGGUCAUAGCUAAGUCUGACAACAUUGAUCGAAGCACCCUUAAAAAAUUAAAAAUUAACAUUAUGAAAGAACUUCAGGAUGCUGGAAUUUCAACGUAUAAUUUUUUUACUGAAGACUGCGGCGAGCUUCAAGCGGUUGCGCCCUUUUCUAUUGUAGCCAGUAACGAGGUUAUAGACGGGAGACGCGUCCGGAUCUACCCCUGGGGCACAGUGGACAUCGAAAACGAAGACCACAGCGACUUUGCCACCCUCAGAGAGUGCUUACUCCGUUACAGCAUUUACAAUCUCAUUUACCAAACCAGCGCCGUGUUUUACAGCUCUUAUCGCAUGAAGCGCCUAAGAGAAAUGGGCUUCCUCGAAACAACUGACGGCGAAUGAGAGGCAAGUCUAGAAGAUACGUAUAAGGCUAAAAAGACGCAACAGCAAAGCGAGCAAAAGAGGAGAGAAGCUGAGUUGCGGAAUGAAUUCAGCAGAAAUGUCUGCACUAAGCAGGCGGAGUUGGAAACUAGAAAAGCUGAGAUGGCAGCACUCCACGAGAGACAGAUGCAAAUUUUGACGAGGGAAUAUCAAGAGCUUCUCAGUAAACAAGAUAAUUUAGAGGCACAACUUGAAGAAGUUCGAGGCUUUUUAGCGCAAUCACAGCAGUCAAAGGGCAAGCGAGGGUUCUUUUAGUAAGCAAGCCGCGUGGAUUCAAGGAUUAGCAAAAAAAAAUUUUUUGUUAACUCUGCUUCUGUCAGCA